CAAAACAACGGCCCGGCCCGGCAGCCCUUGCGGCCGCGCUCCGUCGCCACCUUCCCCCGCCGCCGCUGCCCGGCGGGGCUCGCUCGGGGCGUGAGGCGGGCGCGGAGGCCGCCCCGCUCGCCCGGUCCCGCUGCCGCCGCCAUGAAGCUCCGCGUACGGCUACAGAAGCGAACGGCGGCCCUGGAGGUGCAGGGGGCGGAGCCAACGCUGGGGGAGCUGCGCGCGCAGCUGCGCGCGGCCCUGCUGCCGGCCUGGGGGUACAGUUCUGAUACCACGUUUUCAAUAACAUUGAACAGAAAAGAUGCUCUCACAGAGGAUCAGAAGACCUUAGCGUCAUAUGGGAUUGUUUCUGGUGAUUUGAUAUGCUUAUUACUAGAAGAGCCAGAUGCACAACCCAGCCUACCUCUUCCUCCUGCUACUCCUGCCCCACUUCAGAAUGGUCAUGAGCCGACCACCUUGACCCCCAACAACAGUCAGGCCAACAGUCCAAGAGAAGGGCAGAAUGAGCAGUCUAACAAUGAGAAGGCUCAGGUGGAAGUUCAAGAGAGUGAUGAGAGGGCAGGAUCCAGCCUAGAAUUUCCUUCUGGAUUAGUCCCAGAAGAUGCUGACCUGGAAGAAGGUACAGGUUCCUAUCCCUCUGAACCCAUGCUGUGCAGUGAAGCUGCUGAUGGUGAAACACCCCAUUCGUUAGAGAUGCUCUACCUUUCUGCUGAGUGUACCAGUGCCACUGAUGCCUUGAUUGUUCUGGUUCAUCUUCUCAUGAUGGAGACAGGCUAUGUACCUCAGGGGAUAGAAGCCAAGGCAGUCUUCAUGCCAGAGAAAUGGAGAGGGAAUGGUGUUUAUAAGCUACAGUACACACAUCCCCUUUGUGGAGAAGGUUCUGCUGGUUUGACUUGUGUGCCUCUGGGAGAUCUUAUUGCUAUUAAUGCAACAUUAAAAAUUAAUGAAGAGAUUAGAAGUGUUAAGAGAAUCCAGCUGUUGCCAUCAUCCUUUGUUUGCUUUCAGGACCCAGAGAAAGUUGCAGGUGUUUACAAAGACCUUCAGAAGUUGUCCCGUCUCUUUAAAGACCAGCUGGUUUACUCUCUUCUGGCUGCUGCCCGACAAGCUUUGAACUUGCCAGAUGUGUUUGGAUUAGUGGUCCUUCCUCUUGAGCUCAAGCUUCGGAUUUUCAGACUUCUGGACGUCCGUUCCCUCAUCUCUCUCUCUGCUGUUUGCCGUGAUCUCUACACAGCUUCCAAUGACCAGCUUCUCUGGAGGUUUAUGUAUCUGCGGGAUUUCCGAGAUCCUAUUGUAAGGCCUCGGGACACAGACUGGAAAGAACUAUACAAGAAAAAGUUGAAACAGAAGAAAGAAGCUCUGAGAUGGAGGCACAUGAUGCUUCUGCCUCCUAUACCUCAUCCAAUCCCCUUUCAUCCCAACCCAUUCUAUCCUAAUCCCUUUCCACCCAACCCAUUCCCAUCAAAUCCAAUCUAUCCCCCAAUGAUCAUUGGGGGAGAAUAUGAUGAGAGACCAACACUUCCAUAUGUUGGAGACCCAAUUAACUCACUCAUUCCUGGCCAGGGAGAAGCACCAGGUCAGUUUCCUCCAUUCAGGCCACAUUUUGACCCAAUUGGCUCCCUGCCUGGAGCAAACCCUACGCUUCCAGGACGAGUUGGUUCCAGUGACAGGUUUCCACCUCGACCCAGCCGGGGUCGCCCCAUGGACAUUCGCCGUGCAUUCAUUUAGUAGCUGCUUUUUCCUGUAGGGAGUUUUGUAGUUGCUGAGCUUGCUUUCUAACUGCAGGAGAUUGCAAAUCCCAGGCACUAACAUCUGCCUUCAGAUAGUGUCAAGCACAUGCGUGUAUGGUGAUGUUCCAACCGCAGAGGCUGGGUUUGUUUUGUGUUCUGGUAGUGCUGUAUCACCUGGCACUUAAAGUCUGUUCCUCAAAGAGCUGCAACUUAGAGCGGUUUGUUCUGCUGCCCCCCCUCCUUGCCCUUAAUCGUCUGUGAAGUGCUACUUAGAGACCAGAAUAACAGUCAAAUCCUUACUGCAUCAGAUAAAGAGCACUUUAAAUACAAA